GCGCCGUUGUUCUCUUUUUCCCCCACGUUGUUUCCGCGUCCUCUCCCCCGGCCGGGAGCGUCUCGUGUCUGGAGCGGUCUGGGCUGCCACAGCCUCAGCCUCAGCCUCAGCCUCCGCCGCUGCCUCGGCCUCUGCCGUCGCGAUGGGCAAAACUGCAGACUCUCGGGAUGCGAGAGCCCGGACCGAUCCGGUGCAGAGCUUCAAUCGCUGGAAGAAGAAGCACAGCUAUAGACAGAGUAAAAAGAAGCAGUUGAGGAAGCAGCUGAAGAAGCCUGAGUGGCAGGUCGAGCGCGAGGUUAUCAACCGCCUCUUGCAGAGCUACGAGAAGAUAAAUGUAAAUGAAAUUACGAGAUUUUCAGAUUUCCCCUUAUCUAAGAAAACAUUGAAAGGUUUGCAAGAAGCCCAAUACCGUUUGGUAACUGAGAUACAGAAGCAGACCAUUGGGCUGGCUUUGCAAGGUAAAGAUGUUCUUGGUGCUGCGAAAACUGGAUCUGGGAAGACUUUGGCUUUCCUUGUUCCGGUGCUGGAAGCCUUGUAUCGUCUGCAGUGGACCUCAACAGAUGGGCUGGGGGUUUUGAUUAUAUCACCUACGAGAGAGCUAGCAUAUCAAACCUUUGAGGUUCUCCGAAAAGUAGGAAAGAAUCAUGACUUUUCUGCUGGUCUCAUCAUUGGUGGGAAGGAUCUGAAACAUGAAGCUGAGAGGAUCAAUAACAUAAAUAUUCUGGUUUGCACACCGGGUCGGCUUCUUCAACACAUGGAUGAAACAAUAUGUUUUCAUGCAACUAAUCUCCAAAUGUUAGUUCUUGAUGAAGCAGAUAGGAUCUUGGAUAUGGGCUUUGCUGAUACUAUGAAUGCUAUUAUUGAAAAUCUUCCCAAGAAACGUCAGACUUUGCUUUUCUCAGCAACACAAACCAAAUCUGUAAAGGACCUUGCACGCUUGAGUUUGAAAAACCCUGAGUAUGUCUGGGUUCACGAAAAAGCAAAAUAUAGCACCCCUGCCACUUUGGAACAGAACUACAUAGUUUGUGAGCUGCAGCAAAAAAUAAGUGUACUAUAUUCCUUUUUGAGAAGUCACCUGAAGAAGAAGAGUAUUGUAUUUUUCUCCAGUUGUAAAGAGGUUCAAUAUCUGUAUCGAGUAUUCUGCCGGCUACGUCCUGGAAUUUCUAUUCUUGCUCUGCAUGGUCGACAGCAGCAGAUGAGAAGAAUGGAAGUCUAUAAUGAAUUUGUUCGCAAGAGAGCUGCGGUACUCUUUGCUACUGAUAUUGCAGCCAGGGGGCUUGAUUUCCCAGCUGUGAAUUGGGUUCUUCAGUUUGAUUGUCCAGAAGAUGCCAACACAUAUAUUCACAGAGCAGGUAGAACUGCCAGGUAUAAAGAGGAUGGCGAAGCUUUAUUAAUUUUGCUUCCCUCAGAAGAAAAAGGGAUGGUACAACAGCUUCUCCAGAAGAAAGUGCCUGUGAAGGAAAUCAAAAUCAAUCCAGAAAAACUUAUAGAUGUCCAGAAAAAACUGGAAUCGUUUUUAGCUCAAGAUCAAGAUUUAAAAGAAAGAGCUCAAAGGUGUUUUGUCUCCUAUAUACGUUCAGUAUAUCUAAUGAAGGAUAAAGACAUAUUUGAUGUAAGCAAGUUACCUGUACCUGAAUAUGCCUUGUCUCUUGGUCUUGCUGUGGCACCGCGGGUAAGAUUUCUUCAGAAAAUGCAGAAACAACCCAUCAAAGAAUUGGUAGUGUGCCAAGAUAAUAAAGUAAGUGAGCUAAGGGCUCCUUCCCUCACCAAUGAUGAAGUGGAAGAAUUUAGAGCCUACUUCAGUGAGAAAAUGUCCAUCCUUCAGAAAAGUGGAAAAAGACCAGGAGACACAGAGUAUGGAUUGGUUAAUGGCAUUAGUGAUGAAGAAAAAGAGAAGGAGGAUGAAGAAGAAAUAGAAGGGAAACUGGGAAGAGCUAAAGAGUAUCAACCGGAAUCUGUCCCUAGCCCUGAUGAGUCACCAAAGAACAAGGAAGCUCCUAUGCAGUUCUUGGCCAGAGAUGAGGAGGAGGAGGAGGAGGAGGAGGGAGAUGGACUUGAUGCUGAUUUCUUUAAGGUGAAGCGGCACAAUGUGUUUGGCUUGGACCUUAAAGAGAAUAAAGCUUUACAGAAAAAAGAGUCUUCUAAAUCCAGAGUCAAGAAAAAAGUGACCAAGGUCGCAGAAGCGAAAAAAGUAAUGAAGAGAAAUUUUAAAGUGAAUAAGAAGAUAACAUUUACUGAUGAAGGAGAGCUGGUUCAGCAGUGGCCACAGAUGCAGAAAUCUGUGUCGAACGAUACUGAGGAAGACGACGCCACUGGUGGUAUCAACUUAGAUAAAGCAAAGGCAAGGCUUCAAGAAGAGGACAAAUUUGACAAAGAAGAGUAUAGGAAGAAAAUUAAGGCAAAGCAUCGGGAGAAAAGAUUGAAAGAAAAGGAAGCCAGAAGGGAAGCCAGUAAGAGACAUGCAAAGGCCAAAGAUGAAGAAGAAGCCUUCCUGGAUUGGAGUGAUGAUGAUGAUGAUGGGUUUGAUCCGAGCACACUUCCUGAUCCAGAUGAGUACAGAAGCUCUGAAGAAUCUGAUAGUGAAGAUAUGGAAAAUAAAAUCAGUGAUACCAAGAAGAAGCAGGGAACGAGGAAAAGGAACAACAGUGAAGCGGAAGACACAGGACUCACAAGUGGUAACAAAAAGAAGGCCAAGUGGGAAAUCAUAGAGCCGUUGGAUACGGGCCUGUCUUUAGCAGAGGAUGAAGAGCUGGUGUUACAUCUGCUCAAAAGUCAAAGCUAAGUGCUUCCUGCUCUUGUCUUCUCCUUGAAACCUCUGGUCAUAAUUAUGUGGACAAGAAGCUGAAAACGCAGUAGGCUUGGAGAACUUAGAUAACAUGAGUCCCAAGCCCAGAGGACCCAUUCUUCAGGGAGAUGUGAAAAUAUCUCUCAGCUUCUUUCACAGGACGUGCUUGUGCCAUCCCAGUGCGAACUCAGAGUAAGGGUGGGUUAUAGAACUUCUUGCUCACAUUUUUCAGCUUGUGCUGACUUAGAUUUUUAUCCAUUUGUUCCUACAUCUUGUCAUUGGAAAUGCUUUCUUUGUUUUAAUAGUAAGUUCUAGAGACCUUGUUUCAUUGCUAGGAAUUUCUUUCUUACGUUACUGAAGUGUCUAUGUGCUAUUAAGUAAAAUUGCUCACAGUUUUGUUUAUUUAAUGUCUUUAAAGAGACAGAAUAUGAUGGACCAGUCCUAAGAAAGAAUGAGUAUUUUCAAAUUAAGAUGAUUAAUAAUAAACAUAUUUCCUAUAAAA